CGUCCGUUUUGGAAACACUGCACAGCAUCGACCGUCGGCGUGCUGUUCUUGAUUGCACAGCGGCGAUACAACGCUUGAACAAGUCGCCUACUAGUACACCCGCAAACAUCUGUGAUAUCGUGAUGAGUCUUUGCCCCCCAACUCCGCGGAAGGUAUCACUCCCAUCGCCCAUCUUGCGCGACAUACCGUGAUAUCCUAGGAUAUCCUGUACCCACGCUUACACUGACAGCGUUUGUUUUUGCAUGUGCAUCUUCACAGGUCGGCCAUGUUUCUGGGUCGGGUGUCGUUAAAAAGAUGGCAAAGCACCUCAAUUAUAGAUCCUGCCCGUACCGACACAGUGGAGUAUGGGGUUGUUAUUAUUUGUACAAUUUCUCAUCGUACAACUUGCUUUUCGAGAAACUCGAGACGCGGGGCGGCUCUCCUUCAUUGUUUUUCCCAGAGACAUGCUGUGGCGUAUUGUCGCCGUCAACGAACCUGAUCGUUUUCAUGAAAUAGGAUGACGAAAGGGAUAAAAUA